AUCCUACAGUGGUCGUGGCCACGCCGCACACAAAGAACUGUGACUGUUUUCGCGCUGUCUCAUUCUACUCCUGGACGCCUCAGUGUCACAGCGUGUUCCAUGUGAUUGUCAAGGUUGUCGAGCAAUCUCGGAAACGCACGACGCCUUUCAGCGCUGUAAUCUCGCAACGGGAGUUCCUCUUCAUUGUUGGCAUCUCGCUUCUUACACUGGCGGGGCAAGAUGGGAGAAAUCCUUGUUCCUCAGAAGUUCUUCAGGAAUCCGGGAGAAAAAAUUUAGGAGUUCAUUUGUUGAAGCCUCGUUGAGAGAUUGUUCUGGCCGCAAAUAGUCGCUGAGGUGUCUUCGUGGAGUUAUAAAUCACCUUUCAUGUCGUGACGGAUGAAUAUAUGGGCAAUUUAUUUUCCAUUUAGGUGGUGUGUAAGAAAAGGAUAAGAGUUCAUUUCUUUGAUACUUUAGCCUAUCUUGUGCUAGAAGACUUAACAAAGUGUGAGCUCUCCAGCACUCGUUGAUCGAGUACAUAUCUGAAAACAAUGUGGCUGUUUUAGAAGGGCACACUGAAGUCAGGUCAGGGAUACUCUGAAUAUACCUUAUACCUUCGGACUCGAAAGCCACGACUCCGUUUUUUUUUUGUCUUCAGCAUCAGCAUUGCGCUUCUGCAGACGCUAACCCUAACGCCUAAGGUACAUCACGCUUGCCACGUCAACGAACACAUAUAACAAUGCCGUCGACACCAAGACGAAGUGGUGGCGGAGGAGGAGGCUUUUCGGAAGAGACCUUCUUUCCCAAGAAGGUCAUCGAGCUGGUCACCAUGGAACCGAGCUCGAGCCGCCGGAACCGGCAUAACAGUCACCACGUUCAUCAUCACCCGGCUUCGUCGUCGUCUUCCAUGGCCCCGUCUUCGGGUCGACAGUACGAGGACGAGGACGACAGCUGUUCGGGGGACAGCUCCGAGGGACUGUCCAUCGACCCUCUGGACGACAACCCGGGCAUCCAGGCGGCAGUCAGUAAGGUGCUGCAGAGCUACGACUGGUCGCUCGUGGCCAAGACGACUCGUCAGACAACAUCGGAGAAGAAGCGGAUGCAUGUCAAGCGACCCAUGAACGCCUUUAUGGUGUGGGCUCAGGCUGCCAGGAGGAAGCUGGCCGACCAGUACCCACACCUUCACAACGCUGAGCUGAGCAAGACCCUCGGUAAACUGUGGAGGGUCCUUGGCGAUGACGAGAAGCGACCCUUCAUGGAGGAAGCGGAGCGUCUGCGCUGCAAGCACAAGAAGGACCACCCGGACUACAAGUACCAGCCUCGCCGCAGGAAACCGCUGAAAGGAUUCGAACCGCCCACCCCGCAACCACCACAGCAACAGCAGCAGGGACAGACGAGGUCCAAGGGGCGAUCCUCGUCAGCUUCUCAGGCGUCGUCAUCAAGGGCCAGCAGCCAAUCGCAGCAAAGCCAGCAACAACAGCAGCAACAAUCCCAGCGCACGGCGUCUGCCCCUGAAGGAUCCACGGCGUCCGUAGAAUUGUGCGUUCCUUCCUCAUUGGCCGAACAGCAACAGCAGCAUCACACACAGCAGCAGCAUCAGGUGGACAUGAUCUGCGGGACGACCGGUGGCCUGCAGCCGGUCAUGCUCAACACGGGACAUUGCCCUCCUGCCACCUCACCCUACAACCGAGGUCAGUGCGCCUCGCCACCGACGCCUCCGACGACACCGCAGCACGUGGCCGUUGCUGCGGCUGCCACGGGUCGCUUCCUGGGCGCCUCGGCUGCGGCCACCUUGGCGCACGACGCCCUCAGCUCUGUGGCGCAAACCAGCGGCAUCGACUGCGCACCACAGCUACGAGGCCAUGAAGGUGGCGCAACCAGUCGGUCUCUGGCCACGUGCAAAUACGGCGGUGGAGUAGAUCCCACGGGCACGGCCGCACAAGCAUCCGCACACGCUGUUGCUAUGACAACGGUCGACUCAUACGUACACCUAGGGCUCAACCCAGCCGGCGGAGGGCAGUACGGACCAUGUCCCGGACCCUGGAACGCACACAGGUUUGCCGACCAGUUCGGCCAAGAUCGGUUCCGUAUGGGCUCCUGCUUCGGCCGCGAAGAACACCCGCUAGACGGCUCGGCUGGUUCCAUGGCUGCCGCCGCCGUCGACCGCUCGCACCCAGCCAACUCAGGUGCUAUGUCGACCAACGCGGGAGUCGUGGACCACCACCACCUGUACCGCAACCACAACUAUGGCACUGCGGCGGCAGCCGCCGACUUCCGGCGGUCUGCUCCAGCCGGCUUCGUCGACGCUGACGGCUACUGCUCCACACGCGGCGUACUGGGCGUCCAGAACUGCCCAGUCUUCACGCACGUCGUGCAGACCACGGCCCAAGACCAGGGUCUGUUCGGUGCGGACGGUAGGACGCAGAUGAUGGACGCUUCUUCCGGUGCAUGCGCAUACGGGACGGCGCAGGCUCUGGCUGGACACUUCCUGUCCCCCCGAUAG